GGCCCCCUUCAUUUUAUGUCCUCACAAAUUCAGAAAAUAGCUUCUGUUGUAUGUAUAAAUAGCGCAAUCAUAGAGCACAUAUCUAUUCAAAUUCAAAGAUAAUUAUUUGCAGAAUUCUCCUCUAUUCGCAUCUCUACUCUAAUCAUCCUCAGAAUGGGAACUGUUGGUGAAACCACGUACGGGGAAUACACCUACCAAGAGCUGGAGAGGGAGCCCUACUGGCCCUCGGAGAAGCUCCGGAUUUCAAUAACAGGAGCUGGUGGGUUUAUUGCUUCUCAUAUUGCUAGGCGUCUGAAGAGCGAGGGCCAUUACAUCAUUGCUUCUGACUGGAAGAAAAAUGAGCAUAUGCCUGAGGACAUGUUCUGUCAUGAGUUCCAUCUCGUGGAUCUGAGGGUGAUGGAUAACUGUUUGAAAGUUACUGAAAAAGUUGAUCAUGUGUUCAAUCUUGCUGCUGAUAUGGGCGGGAUGGGAUUCAUCCAGUCGAACCACUCGGUCAUCAUGUACAACAACACAAUGAUCAGCUUUAACAUGAUUGAGGCUGCAAGGAUUAAUGGGAUUAAAAGGUUUUUCUAUGCCUCCAGUGCUUGUAUCUAUCCUGAAUUUAAGCAGUUGGAGACGAACGUGAGCUUGAAGGAGGCUGAUGCAUGGCCUGCAGAGCCUCAAGAUGCUUAUGGGCUAGAGAAGUUGGCUACCGAGGAGUUGUGUAAACACUACAACAAGGACUUUGGUAUUGAGUGCCGCAUAGGAAGGUUCCAUAAUAUUUAUGGCCCAUUCGGGACAUGGAAAGGUGGGAGGGAGAAAGCACCAGCUGCUUUCUGUAGGAAAGCACUCACUGCUACUGAUAAAUUUGAGAUGUGGGGAGAUGGAAAGCAAACACGAUCGUUUACCUUCAUUGAUGAAUGUGUUGAGGGUGUUUUAAGAUUAACGAAAUCUGACUUCCGGGAGCCUGUCAAUAUUGGAAGCGAUGAGAUGGUGAGCAUGAACGAGAUGGCUGAGAUUGUGCUGAGCUUUGAUGAUAAGAAGCUCCCAAUCCAUCACAUUCCCGGGCCUGAGGGUGUGCGUGGUCGAAACUCAGACAACACUCUAAUCAAAGAAAAACUUGGUUGGGCACCAUCUAUGAAACUUAAGGAUGGAUUGAGAAUCACAUACUUCUGGAUCAAGGAGCAACUCGAGAAGGAGAAAGCUAAGGGCAUCGACCUCUCCACCUAUGGCUCGUCCAAAGUGGUGGGGACGCAAGCUCCUGUUCAGCUUGGCUCGCUUCGUGCUGCUGAUGGCAAAGAAUGAAGCAGAAGGUGCGAGAAAUCGCCCCACCCCAUUUGUUUCAUUCUCAUUCCGUAUGCUGUAUCCCUUUAGUCGUAUUUCAGGCCCUGAAUCCUCGUUCUUGCCAUUCGAAUUCAGUGCAUUUCUAUCUAAUAAUCCAUGAUAUGCUUGUACUGUUAAGCUGCUACUGGUUUAUUCUUUGUUGUUCAAUGCUAUUGAAUGCCUUUUCUCUGC